UCAGGGAUCCAGCUCUGUGUCCUGAGGCUCCAGGAUUACUCUCCUCCCCUACCCUGUGAUCCAGGGGACCGCAUGAUCCCCUCGCAUCUCCGGGAUUCUCCUUUCUUUUGGGAUCCCAUUCCCAGUCCGGGAUACAGUAAGGGCUGGUUGUUCACUCUCUGCCCUGGAAAUGGCUGGACAGGAACAGCAGGCACACAGCUCACAGAAACUACUCCCCCUGCUGCUGCUGCUGCUAAAUGUUGCUGCUGUUGCAGGUAACUCACCUUUCCCAGUUUCUGGGUACCUGAGGGAGCAGGUUGUGCUGCCCUGUACCUACAAAAGGAAUGUCCUACUCUCUGAUUUACAGGUAAUCUGGGGGACACUUAAGAGGGAAAUUGUCCACAAGUUUGUCAAUGGGAGCGAUGAUUUAAGAGAACAAGACCCACAGUUCAGAAACAGAACAAAACUGUUCAAAGCUCAACUGGAACAAGGCAACUGGUCAGUUCUGAUCUCUGACCUCAGGGAGUCAGACCAGGCCGAAUAUCAGUGUCAGAUUUACAGCAGGAUGGAGGAUCACUUUCGAUGGGAGGGAGUUGAUUCUGUCCAUCUCUCUGUCACAGAGCGAGCUCCUACACCUGGACCGAACACACCUGUACCAGAUCCUGGACUCUCCACUGGUGCAAGAGUUGGAUUGGGAAUCGGGAUUGUUACUGUUUUUGUUGCAGCUGGAAUUGUGGUUUACAUUGUCCUCAAGUGA